GGGUACAUUCAUUGUGCGCUUUUAACGCGCGCUUUUAACGCAGGGACAAGCAUCCAGUACCUUUUUAUGAGUAAAGCUAAAUGCUAAAGUAAUCCCGGUGUUGGCAUCACAGAAGAAACGUAUUGUCAUUGUGGUUAACUGGUCAAGAAUCAGGGUUUGCUUCUCCAAAGGGGAAGUGUCGUUGGCCUGCAACAGCGUAGUGCUUACCUACAAUCUUUGCUAUGGGCAAAAAGUCUCGUGAAGAGGAAUCCUCAUCCUCUGAUGAGGAAGAAUAUGUUGUGGAGAAAGUGCUGGACAGGAGGGUGGUGAAAGGCAGGGUUGAGUUCUUCCUGAAGUGGAAAGGAUAUUCAGACAAGCACAACACAUGGGAGCCAGAGAAGAAUCUAGACUGCCCUGAGCUCAUUGCAGAAUUCAUGAAGACUUACAAGAAAAGUAGUGGUGGGAGCUCCACACCUAGCAGUGGGGGCAGCAAAUCAAGCACAGGCUCCUCAGGACGCGCCAAAGAGUCCAGCACCUCAAAAAAGAGAGCCUCAGAUGAUGACGAGGAGUGUGGAAGUAAGCCCAAAAAGAAAAAAGAGGAUGAUAUUCUAGUUGCUCGUGGCUUUGAGAGAGGACUUGAGCCAGAGAAGAUAAUCGGAGCAACUGACUCAUGUGGGGACUUGAUGUUCCUUAUGAAGUGGAAAGACUCUGAAGAGGCUGAUCUUGUGCUUGCCAAGGAGGCUAAUCAUAAGUGCCCACAGAUUGUCAUAGCCUUCUAUGAGGAACGCCUCACCUGGCAUGAAGACAGUGACAAGAAGGAGAAGGAUGCCGUCAGCGCGUGAGUGCAACACCUCAGGAGGAAAUGGGACCUCGUCCACUGCAGGGACAACCUUGAGUCAGACAUUUUUCUCACCCAAGCCUCCCAUUGUUCCUCUUUACCAUGUCCAACAACACAAAGGCAGCAGACUCAAGUCGUGUUAUAUCCAUUCAUGCCCCCAUUGGAGCACAAGGGCCCAGACUGCUAAGAAGGAUCCAUCACAGAGGAGGAGAAGCUGAAGUAGACAUUGGUUUUAUGCUACUGGGGAGGGUUCUGCUGUUCUGGCUUUGUUCUUUACUGUCGUUUUUAUACCUUUUAACAUGUUUUUAGUGCUUACAGGAUACAGUUAUGUCAGUAAGGUAUUUUACAUCAGUGAGUGGUACAUAGAGUUGUUACAAGCUGUGUUAAGAGCCUCCGAGGUGGGUGGAUGUUCCCCAUCUUAAAGUCUUGCUAAGCAGUGCACCUCUUCUUCAAGAACCCACUCAAGAUAAGACCAUAGUAUAGAUGUUCUGGAAAUAACCAUCACAGCUGUUUCCUGUGUGUAAUCACUUUUAUUAUUUUUUUUUACUUUUUAUCUUGUAGAUUUUUGUUUGUCUGUCUACCCAGAUAUAAUAAUCAAUGUGCAAACUUGCAGAGGACACUGG